UUGAGUCAGCCAUCAGCUGGCUCUACACGUUAUCUACACGUUAUCAAUCGUUAUAUACGUUAAUAUACGUUAUACGUUUAUAAGAUAAUACUCUUAAAACACUACAUAAUCAUGCGGAAAUUUAUGUUUCUUGUGGUUUUAGCUGUAAUGGGGUAUGUCGGACACACCAGAACUAUUCCCGUCCCAACUGAGCCGCCUAGUGGCCCGGCCAGCAACAAAAACUCAACGGCUAAUGCCACACUGGAAGCAACUGCACCUAAAGCUACCACCUUUGAUGCUCCAGCUAUUAAAUCAGUUGUGAUACAUAUCCCCAGAAAGCGGCGAGAAUCUGAACCGACCAUUCCCAUGGAUUUCCUCGCGAUACAUACGCCCUGCGAAUUUGACCUUCAUCCGGAAGUAAUCUACAAAUGGAACUGGGAAUGGAGGAUUUAUGAUUGGAACAGAGGCGAAACACGGAAUUGUCAGUGGUUUUAUAGUAUGCGAUACACCACCGAGGGCUUCUACCGGAUCUACUCUCUCCUUAGAAUGGAGGCGUUCUUCUUUGGCACUUAUUCGGAGCGUCUGUACCGAUAUGAGUACGACUUGCACUUUUUCGAUUACUGGAAUGUUAAAAUUCCACCAAAGAAACGAGAAGUUCAAGUAUUGAAAUGAUCAUUGAAUGCUUCUUCUCCUUUUCUGCGGCCUGUGUCCAAAUUUUCAAAAUUAAAAAGUAUUCACAUGUCAGUUUACUAUUAAAUGUCAUUAUCUCUCA